CCUCUCCAUUAGGCUUCAGGCCGGCUGGGAGGAGUGUCUUGGUUACAGAGCUACCAGCACACACACAUACACACCCGCUGAUGGCCAUGCCUCAGAGAUACUCCCACCAGAGAAGGAAAGCUAACACAGCGGCUGCGAGAAGGAUGGAGAGGAGAAGCAGGGAGCGGAGGAAGAGCAGCAAUAACAACAAUCCAACUGGCUGCGAAAACCACCGCUCCAAGAAGCUGGCCAUGCUCUCCAGGUCCCUGAUCCUGUGUCACACUAAGACCAGUGAUGAUAAUUCAGAAGAGAGGCAUGCUGGAAAAGAGUCUUACGAGCCCAGGACAUGGGGCUGGAGGGAAAGUGUGACUGGGGAUCGAACACUGUACAGAGAAACAGAGAAUGGACAGUGGAGGACAACUCAGCAACUAGAAGAAAAGGAGGGCUAUGGAGUCUGUAACCAGAUGCAUCAGAGCGGCUCACUCAAGGAGAGUAAAAGGAGCAUGAGGAGGUCCUUCAGCAUCAAGGAGAGCAGUAUCUGGAGGAUGUGUGUAGCCACUGGUCCUGCUGAGGAGGUGUGUGGACCACAGACGGCUGAUAACAGCGAUCAGACGGAGUACAGAGACACUCACAAGGAGGCAGGAAGGAAUGGAACAAACCUGCACAAAGGCUGCAGCUUCCUGAGCCCAGACAAGCUGGCACCCUUUAACGGACAGUUUCUAAACGGCAGCGCUUUGGUGGUGGAGGAGAGACUGAGGAGCAUCCACAUGAAAGCUAACUGUGAGGACACUUCCUCGUGUGAAGACAAUCUCCAUUUGAACAGUCUGACUUCAAGCCCACAGCAUCAGACUCUCCUUUCCCCACGUGGUCCUCUGUCUUUGUCUGGAUACACCCAUGAGGAACUCUUGGCCAACAACAAUCACCUGAAGUUACCAAUCCCAGAGGUGAAUGAGGACAGGUGCUGGGAAACUGAGGAGACUGAGCAGAGCCCACCAGUAGAGAUGCCUGGUGAUACAACAUGUUCCAAUCCAACAAGUGUUCGUCCGUACUGGAUUGGGGAUCUGGAUAGCAUCAUCAUGAAGACCCCUGAGCUGUGUCCCAGUCACCCUCAUGUGAAUACUGGAUUUUAUGGAAACAGGAAGUCUCUGUCGCAGCUGCUGGAGUUUUCUCACACGUCCACACAGCCUUUGCAGCGCUCCUCCCGUUCCCUCAGCUCUGCCCAGCUGGUACACUCCUGCAGCAACGUGCAAGCCUUCAUUAUCUGUCACAUUGUGCUGAUGAAAGGUCACGGCAAGGGUCUUGGUUUCAGCAUCGUAGGAGGGAGUGACAGCCUUUAUGGACCAAUGGGGAUAUAUGUGAAAACCAUUUUUCCUGAGGGGGCAGCAGCUGCUGAUGGACGACUGCAGGAAGGUGAUGAGAUCCUGGAGCUGAAUGGAGAGUCACUUCAUGGUCUCUCUCACGAUGAGGCUCUGCACAAGUUCAAACAAAUCAAAAAGGGCUUACUGACUCUGGUGGUGAGGACCAGUCUGCGUGUGGGGGCCCUGUGUGGUCAGGCACAGGUGGCUCAUCUCUGCAGGUCACGCUCCCUUACCUCCACUGCAGGCACAACAAGGGUCAGUGCUGACAUCAGAGACUACAACUACCUGAACAACAGCAUCAGUAACACACAGAGUGAGGGGCAACUCACGAAACCCAGAGACCAGAUCAUGAUGGAGAUCAUCCUGCAGAAAGAGGCUGGAGUGGGUCUGGGUAUUGGACUGUGCUGCGUUCCAUCUGGUGACGGAUGCCCCGGUAUCUACAUCCAUAACGUCUCUCCUGGAUCUGUAGCACACAUGGAUGGUCGACUCAGGUGUGGGGACGAGAUCAUGGAGAUUAACAGCACUGUGGUUUACAACAUGACACUGAACGACGUCUACACAGUCCUAAGCCAGUGCACACCAGGUCAGGUCCACAUCAUCAUCAGUCGGCAUCCCGACCCCGCAGUAUCAGAGCAGCAGCUGAACGAUGCCAUCACUAAGGCAGUGGAAAACAGCAAGCUGAGAAAGGAUAGGAGCCAGUGGAGUAUUGAUGGGUUGCGUCGACUGGAGGCUUGUACUCACAGCCGGCAGAGAUGUGAGCAUUACCUGGAGAGGAGUUUCAGUCAGCUCAGGGUUCAACAAGCACAGAAGACCAUGACCCGGUCCUGCAGUGAUAACACCAACAGCCACCAGCACAACUGCUGCCUCAACAUCCAGGACCUGCACCACACACACCACAGCCCAUCAGGCCGUGUCCACAGCCUGGACACAUCCAGGUCUGCAACAAGGACAUGGUCUGAUAACAGACUGUCAGUGCCUGUGUAUCCUGAUGAAGACUAUAAUGUCCCAUUCAACUCUCCCUCUGCCAACCCAUCAAGUCAGCAGGUUCAGGAUCUGGCCCUCAGGAGCAACAAGUCCACCUGCAGGUUGCGUGCUGCUCCUCAGGAUGUGACCAGUGAGGAGGGUGAAAAUGGAGACCCCAGCUGUUCCAUUAGAGGAGUCCCAGUAGGAGAGGAAGGACCGGAGCUCUCCACAAACACCAGCUGCCAGGAAGAAGAGCGAACGAGGAAACCAUCAGACGGCAGCAAAGACGAUUCCAGCCAUCCAAACAGCUCUGCCUGCACCAUCAACAGAUUACACACAGGUGAUUCAUCAUCUAUCUUCACACAACCAAAAAGAGCUCUGAGAAGACAGGCUCGUAUCGAACCAUAUAUCCAAGAGCAGCUCCAGCAGGACCCCUGGGUUUACAUGUCAGAUAGUUCCCCUGAGAAGCUACCUGAGAUCCACCUUCAUCAUCCUCUUCACCACAGCACACAGCCCGUCCAGAGCCACAGCAACCCUUCCAACAUGAGUGACCAAGAAAACGGCAACCAGCUCAACGGCACAGACACAGAAACAGACGGAACAAACCCAUCUGACAUUCCCCCAGAGGCAAAGAAGGGGCCCCCUGUGGCUCCAAAGCCCACCUGGUUUCGCCAGAGUGUUCGGAAAAUCCGGGAUGAGCAGGACCAGAGGAAGCAUGCAAAACCCAAGGAGCAGGGGCCUGCUGUGGGUUUCACCAGAAGCUUUGGACUCAGAUCUGCCUCAACUGCAUCCAACCUGUCCAUCAAACAAAAGAUCCACUCCUUUGAGACUUUCUCCAGUUCAGAUGGUCAAGAGAAGGAGGGCAGCAGAAGGUUUGUGGCCCCCUCUACCUCUCUUCCUCUGAUGGAGAAGGAGUCGAGCAGUCACUCUGCCUCACAUGAAGAGUCUAGAAAAGGCAAAGAUAAAAUCCUCAAAGAGGUCCAGGCAGACCAGGCUGUGUCUAGUAGAACAACAGAAAGUGUCCCUGCUCUCUCCUCCGCCUCCUCCACUCCUGCUGCAUUCAGUCAAACAGCAGCCAGUUGCUCUGAAGAUGAACCUGCCUCCUCCCAGGUCCCCGCAGAUCUUCAACCUUCUGAUGUCAUCAGCACCGAUGUGGCGUCAGUGAGACGUGGAUCUCAAGAGCAGCAUCAAACAGAGAAUCCCAGCAGUGUCACUGAGUCUGAGGUCCUACUUCCUGCAACAUCCGUGGUGAACAGUGAGACCGAAGGAGAAACCCCUUCAGAGGGGAGAGAGGAGAGUGAAGGACAGAGCCAAGGAAGAAACCUGCUGAACGCCAAACUGAGUUCACCUCCAUCCACGGACUGUCGCCCGCAGAGAGCUCAGGAGGGAGAGAGCUUAGGGAAAAUCCUCGCCUUCAGUGACCAGUUUUCACAAGCCCUGAUGCGUUCUCUACCCAUGCACCCAUGCCACGGUAGCCCCUACGCUCCACAGGAGUCCUGUGCACAGGAUUUGACGAACACUCAAGAGUCUGAACCCGGCCAGGACAGCACCGACAGAGGAUUCUCUGUCAGCUUGGCCACUCUGAGAGAGUUCUCCAUUGAGCGAGGGGAGGGGGGGACUCAAGACACGACAGCAGUCUCCUCUUCAUGUGCUCACUCUGUCAUCUCAGCCAUUCCAUCACAAGACAUCCAGGAGAUGAUCCAAGAAGUCAAAACUCUGGAUGAAGAGACACUGAAGCUGGCGGACAUCCAUGUGGUGAUUCUGCAUAAGGAAGAGGGGGCAGGGCUGGGCUUCACUAUCGCUGGAGGCUCUGACUCGGAGAGCAAAGCUCCUACAGUCCACAAAGUGUUUCCAAGCGGCCUGGCAGCUCAGGAGGGCACCAUCCAGAAAGGGGACGAGGUGUUGUCUAUAAAUGGAAAAACACUGCGCAGUGUCACACACGCUGAUGCCACGGCAUCUCUACGCCAGGCUCGCAAUCUGACGCUGGCUGUGGUGGUCGUCAGCAAAAAAGCAGAAGAUGGGGGGACAGAGGAAGGAGACAGCAGGAGCGAGGAGCCCAAUCCUGCAGUCGAGGAGCAGGGAACUGUGAUCAGGGUGGAGCUAGAAAAAGGAGCUGGAGGUGUUGGCUUUACUCUGGAGGGAGGAAAAGGCUCGAUCCAUGGAGACAGACCUUUAGUCGUCAACAGGAUCUUUACAGGUGGAGCGGCGGAGCAGAUUGGACUGCAGCAUGGAGACGAACUGCUGCAGGUUCAGGGAGCCAGUCUGCAGGACAUGACUCGAUUUGAGGCCUGGUCCAUGAUCAAGGCUCUACCUGAGGGAAACAUUGCAUUAGUUAUCAAGAGGAGGCAGGGGGGAGGAGAGUUAUAGACACUGCUGCUGGGAGCUGCUUCAAACAAAUGCCAAAGAAAUAAAAAAAAACACGUCAGCUGACACAUCCCUCUCUCCAAAGUCUCAAGAGGGGAACCAUAGAGUUGAGUUGGACCCGAAUUAACCAUUAAAAGCCCAACGUCACAGUAUUAAAAAUACAACAAGGAGGUAGAUCGGUGAGGUAAUGUUUCUGCUUUUGGCACAGCGUGUGUGUCAGUGUUUAAAAUGGAGAUUUAAAGCCUAUCACUGUAGCUACAUUCAUGUUCAGGAAUAUUGUUUACCAUUUAUUGUUUGUAUAAUUGAUUGCAAUAAAUUGUGCCCCAAAUGGUGAA